AUGAAUGCGCCUGUCGAAGCCCAAUCUAUAUCCUCACUGAAUCACUUGCUUGCGAAUCCACCGCGCUACCCGAGGAAUCCCACCCAUGAAGUCCAUGAACCGCUUGUGCUUUACAUUGUUCGAGUUCCAGGCAGCAAAGAUGUAUUCCUCACGCCCUUGAAGCCAGCGACCAAGGCCUCGAUUAGUAUCGAGGCGGUCCAGUCCAGCCUAUAUUUCCUCCAUGUCGAGAGGCCGGAAGACGAGGCGCUGAGAAAAUCAUUGGAAGCCGCGCGCGCCACAGAGGAUCGCAGUCACGAUGUCUCGCGGAUACAGAGAAAGCCUCUCCCUCCGUCGCCUUACGUGAAUUACCCAGCUGCCCUCAGACCUCCAACCCCGCCGAAAAGCUACCCUCAUUAUCAGCCUCCCUCACCGGAGUCGAAGACCGCGACUCAAGCAGAGCGAUAUGCUGCCCGUGGGACUCAUCUCAGGCUGAGUACCAGGGACAAUCUGAAUGUGUCUCUCACUUCUGGCAAACCUGUCGGCACCCGCCCAAUGCCUUCAAAGAUGCACGAUUGCGAUGAGAAUGCAUCCCCGAACCCCGUCGAAAAUGCACAGACACAGUUCAACUUGACCAGGAAACCACUUCAAACUACACGUUUGUCUGAUACUCAUGGAUACAAUAUGUCAUAUACUGGUCAAGACCAGCCAAUCAGUGCCGGCACCGACCGUAAUCCGCAGCAUUCUAGUCUUCUGUCUCCAAGCUCCAUGGCCGGCAACCCGCAAUCUGGAAUGUUGCGCAUCACGCUGAUUCGGAGAGACCCUGCUUCUGGUAGUCAAUGGAACGUUGGUAGCAUAAUCCAGCAAACCACGGAAGCACUUCUGCGGAAGGUUGACAUUGAGCUAACCUCGCCGGGUUAUAACAAGUUCGUGCAAUUAGAAGCUGGUGGAGGUACCGGGUUCCGCAGAAAGGUUGCAUAUAUGCAAAUGUCCAGUGACGAUGGAUCGCUAUUGAUACGGAGAAGAGGCAAUUCGACGGAGUCCUUUUCAAACGCUGCCCAGUCGACCAGCCGAAGAUCGAAGCAGGCGUACGCUUUCAUCUCGCCGUGGCAAGGGAUGUGCGCAUUCGGCAAUGGCCUGGACGGGAAGAGCCUACGAUGUCGGCAUUUUCUACCAGGUGCGAAUCCAUCCAUGCCAGGUGUCAGUGCAGAUGUUGCAGAACUACGCUUCAACCUGCCGUGGGCAUCACUUCGGUUGAAGGAUCCGAACAAGAAGCAGGCCAGCCAUUUGUCAAACCUAUCUCAUGACUCGUCCAUCACACGCCCGGAAGUGUCCUCCAAUAAAGAACAGUGGAGGCGAAGCUUCCAAACCUUGACGCAUAGAGCUCGAAAGCAGCUCUCGAUCAGUGAUGGGGACGGUUCCAUGGAGGAGUCAACACAGUUGGACAAGCCAGGUGACCAGUUUCGGCUGAGCCUUGAUCUUGGACGGGAGAAGGCUGGAGGAGGCUUCAAAGGUCACAGUGCUAAGCUGGGCAAGCUCAUCAUCAAUGAUGAGGGCUUAAAGAUGUGUGACUUAGUAGUGGCAGCCUGCAUGGGGGUUUGGUGGCAGCAUUACGCGGGAGAUAUUUCCUCUUCGUGA